UGACAUUGAACGCGUAAAGUCAAAUGCAUGUUACGCUCCACUACGAACUGCUCUUGCACGUGAUAUGGAGCAACCAACGGCGGCAAGUCCAUGGCUGCUGCUCCUGUGCCUCGCCGCCGUUGCCACCGGCGGCGUACCCCAAGCUCGCGCGCAGCUUGAGAGCAAAGGAUUCAUAAGCAUAGACUGCGGGCUGCCGGGCACCGCGAGCUACGUGGACGCGGGAACAAAGCUGUUAUUUGUCUCGGACGCCGGCUUCACCGAUGACGCCGCCGGCGCCAACCACAACAUCUCGGCCAAGUACAUCCGGCCGCAGCUCUCGCGGCGCUACCACAAUGUGCGCAGCUUCCCCGACGGAGCGCGCAACUGCUACACCCUCCGGCCCUUGGUGUCCGGUCGCAAGUACCUCGUCCGCGCGGCAUUCUUGUAUGGCGACUACGACGGCCUUGGCAGGCCGCCUAUCUUCAACCUCCAUCUCGGCGUCAACUACUGGCAGACCGUCAACGUCUCGACGCCAGGCUCCGAGGUGACGGCGGAGGCAAUCGUUGUUGUGCCGGACGACUUCGUGCAGGUCUGCCUUGUGAACACCGGCGCUGGCACGCCGUUCGUCUCCGCGCUGGAGCUGAGGCCGCUGAAGAUGAAGUUCUACCCGCAGGCGAACUUGACGCAGGGUCUCCUCGUAGAACACAGGAUGAACCUUGGCCCGGCGGACGAGACCAACAUCAUCAGGUACCCCGUAGACCCAUACGACCGAGUAUGGAUCCCUUGGGCCGACCCGAAAGAGUGGACAGAGAUAUCAACGACGAGGCAGGUGCAGAGCGACGACGACGACUACGAGGUGCCGUCGGCGGUGAUGCAGACUGCAGUCACUCCGCUGAACGCCUCCAAGAAGAACCUCGAUAUCUCCUGGGACCCCGUGCCUCAGCCUCGCAACCCAUCGCCGGGGUACUUCAUCGUCAUGCACUUCUCGGAGCUGCAGAUCCUCCCCAGCAGCGCCGUGCGCCAGUUCUACGUCCGCAUCAACGGCAUGGAGUUGAACAUGACCGCUGCUAAGCUGUACUACCACGGCACCGGUGUCAUCUCCAAUGUAAAGCCCUACCGAUACGACAAAUUCAAUAUCUCUUUGCACGCCACCACUAACUCGACGCUGCCACCGAUCAUCAGCGCCAUCGAGUUGUUCUCCGUCAUGCCCACCUCCAUCCUCGGCACGGACUCCCAGGACGUGUCGGCCAGCAUGGCGAUCAAGGACAAGUAUCAUGUGCAGAAGAACUGGAUGGGUGACCCAUGCAUUCCCAAGACUAUAGCAUGGGAAAGGUUGAUGUGCAGUUAUACAAUUGCACAAACACCAAGGAUCAUAAGCGUAAACCUGUCUUUCAGUGGUCUGAGUGGUGAUAUAUCGUCUUCUUUCGCGAAUCUCAAGGCUCUCCAAUACUUGGAUCUGUCAAACAACAACUUGACUGGCACAAUUCCAGAUGCCCUUUCGCAGUUACCCUUGCUGAAAUUUUUAGAUUUGUCGGGCAAUCAACUCAGUGGAUCAAUUCCCUCUGGAUUUGUCAAAAGAAUUCAAGAUGGCUCCCUAAAUCUGAGAUAUGGCAACAACUUGAACCUUUGCACCAACAAUAAUUCAUGUCAGCCUGCUAAGAUAAAGAGCAAGCGAGCCAUCAAGUUUGUUGUCCCUAUAGCUGUCACCAUGGUGAUAGUAGUAGUGGCGCUAACACUCUUUUCCUUGCUGAGACGAAAAAAACGAGGAUCAAUGAAAAACUCCGUUAAACCACAAAAUGAAACAACAAAUGAUGGGGACACUUCACUUGGACUUGAGACUCGUCAAUUCACAUACAUAGAGAUUGAGAGGAUAACGAACAACCUUCGGCAUGUAUUGGGCAAAGGGGGGUUCGGUUAUGUCUAUGACGGCUUCUUGGAGGAUGGCACUCAAGUGGCUGUAAAGAUACGAUCUCAGUCUUCCAAUCAAGGUGACAAGGAAUUCCUAGCUGAGGUUCAGAUUUUAACACGGAUUCAUCACAAGAAUCUUGUCUCCUUGAUUGGUUUCUGCAAGGAUGGUGAGCACAUGGCACUUGUCUACGAUUUCAUGUCGAGGGGAACUUUGCAAGAGCACAUUGUAGGAGGAGACCACAAAACAAUUUGUUUAAGCUGGAGACAAAGACUCAAAAUUGCAGUUGAAUCUGCACAAGGGUUGGAAUACCUGCACAAGGGGUGCAACCCACCCUUGAUUCAUAGGGAUGUGAAGGCCACAAACAUCCUAUUGAACACAAGGUUCGAGGCCAAGAUUGCUGAUUUCGGAUUGUCCAAGGCUUUCAACCACGACAAUGAAACCCAGAUAUCCACAAAUGUUAUUGUCGGUACACGAGGAUACAUGGAUCCAGAGUAUGUUAAUUCCUUCUUCCCUUCUCCAAAAUCUUCCUAUAAUAUACCAUGGUCUGAGUAUUUGGUGGAACUGAAACAUUUGCGAAGGUACCAGACAACAGGACGACCAACGACGAAGAGUGAUGUGUACAGCUUCGGCGUCGUGCUGCUGGUGCUUGUCACGGGGAAGCCACCAACCCUGCACAAUCCGCAGGGCAUCAGCAUCAUCGAGUGGGUGCAACAACGGCUAGCAAAGGGCAACAUCGAAGGCGUGGUAGAUGUGCGCAUGCACGGAGACCACGACGUCAAUAGUAUGUGGAAAGCCGCUGACAUUGCGCUCAAGUGCACUGCACAGGCUUCAUCACGGCGUCCCAACAUGAUUGAUGUUGUGUUGCAGCUACAGGAGUGCCUCAAACUAGAGGAGGACCACGCCGGUGGCGAAGCCAACACCAGCUUCUACACUGGCAUUUAUAGCAAUGACCAGAACUUGAGAUAUGAUGCUUACCCUACUAACCAGUCCACAAAUGUGAGCCAGAGCAGCACCGGAUUUGAGAUGGAGCAUAGUUUUGGGAGGGUGCCAACAAUGGACAAUGGUCCUGCUGCUCGAUAAGCUAGAAUUGUUGGUCUUGUGCCAAUUGCAACAGGUAAUUUGCGUCGGACUUUUUGUGAGGAAUCUCUAUGGCCAAUGAUUCCUUGUGGGGAUCUCUGUGUUAAGUGAUAUUGUUUGAGUAAUUCAUUGUAUUUCCCAUUUUUUGAUGUUUGGCUAUUUGCAAACUGAAUUGCUAAACCUAAUUACAUACUAAGUGUGACCUUGAUAUUGCUACAGACCGUGUAUUGCUGUUUUUCUCUUGUACAU